AUGCCAUCCCGCACCCGCCGCCACCGCCCACGCACCCACACCCACGACGACAGCGCCACCACGACCUCCCUUCCCCCAUCCACCACCACCGCCACCACCGCCAUAUCCUUCCACCCCCGUGGCGGGGCCGCGCACCGCGCCGUCGUCGGCGGCGGCAACCACCACCACCCUCACCACCUCAACCGCACCGCCUCGGCCUUCCCUUCCUUCUUGCACCCCCGCAACAGCAACAGCAACAGCAGCAACAGCAACAGCAACAGCAGCGCCGGCGGUGGCGGUGGUGGUAUUGGUGGUAUUGGUGUAUCAUAUCCACGACCAGCGUUUCGGGCGGCGGGGAAAGAGCUGGUGGAGGCGCUGGGGGCGGCGCGGGGGGUGUGCGAAGAGCUGCUGGGGCGGCAUGAGGAGGGGGUGGAGGGGGUGAAGGGGUUCGCGGGGAGGGAGGUGUUGGAUGGGGUGUGGGCGGCGAGGGUUUGGGCGGCGGGGGCGGAGGGGGAAGGGGAGGAAGGGGAGGACGUGGAGGGGGAGGAGGAAGGGGGGCAGAGGGAGGUGAGGGAGAGGAGGCUGAGGGAGAAGGUCAGGGAGUUUCAGGGGGGUUUUGCGGAUUUGGUGGCGAUGGCGGGGCAGGAGGUGGACGGGAUGAGGGUUUUGGUCGUGGAGAUGGACAUGUUGGGGGCGGUGCUGAAGAGCGUUCUGGAGGUUGACGCUCAGGGGGUGGCAGCUCAGGACUCUUAG